UUUCUUUUUUUCUUCUUUACAAGCGCAUUCAUCUGCUCAGUGAAGAGGCCUAGGUGUCGCGGUGGUGCGGUGAGUUCUCUCUUCUUCGCCGAUGCACCUGACCUGAAGGUCUGUCCGUCGUGUUUCAAGAAACUGUUUCAAAGUUUGAGACUGUCCCAAAAUGACUGGUCGCGCACGAGCCAGAUCGAGAGGCAGAGCACGUGGUCAAGAGACUGCAGCGCCAGGAGCGAGCAAGGCUGUAGAGCCCGCACCAGCACCUGCUGCGGCUGCCGCGGCUGCAGAGCUGGUGGGCAGAGGGAGGCAGAAAGGUGCUCCAGGACCAUUCUCUGCAGAAGCCGUUCUGCAGAUUUCCGCUGGAUUUCAGCAGGUGAAGCUGGGAGAGAGAGGUGGACGUCGCCGGGAUUUUCAGGAUGGAGGCAUUAACACCAGACAGGCUAUGGAGCAUGUUAAGGAUUCAAAGUCUGGCUCAAGUGGGCAUGCCAUUCAGUUGACAGCCAACUUCUUUCGCAUCAUAUCCCGCCCUCAGUGGGUUCUGUAUCAGUACCACGUUGACUUCAACCCACCAAUGGAGUCUCGUCGUCUGAGAUCUGCCCUCCUGUACCACCAUGAGGAAAUGCUAGGCUCAGCAAGGAGCUUUGAUGGAGCUCUGCUUUUUCUGCCCAACAGAUUGCAAAACAAGGAGACUGUGCUUCACAGCGUAACAAAGAAUGGGGAGAACGUUCAGAUCACUGUCACACUGACAAAUGAACUGCCCCCCACAUCACCAGUGUGUAUUCAGUUUUACAACAUCCUAUUCAGAAGAAUCUUGAGAAUUCUCGACAUGCAGCAGAUUGGACGCAACUACUACAACCCCAAAGAUGCACUCAACAUCCCACAGCACAGGCUGACAAUCUGGCCAGGCUACACCACUGCCAUCUUGGAGUACGAGUCAUCGAUUAUGAUGUGUACUGACGUGAGCCACAAAGUGCUUCGUAGUGAGACAGUCCUUGACUUCAUGGUCAACCUGCGGCAAAAGUGUGGCGAGCAUCGCUUCCCUGAGAUCUGCACUAAGGAGCUUGUUGGACUCAUAGUCCUCACCAAGUACAACAACAAAACCUACAAGAUUGACGACAUUGCGUGGGAUCACACUCCCAACAACACAUUUACAAGGGGAGACAAAGAGAUCACCUUCAGGAACUACUACAAGACACAAUAUAACCUGGAAAUCACUGAUGGGAACCAGGUGCUGCUGGUCAGCCAUGUGAAGAGGUUAGGUCCUGCUGGAGCACCUCCUCCUGGUCCGGCCAUGCUCAUCCCAGAACUGUGCUACCUUACAGGGCUGACUGAUAAGAUGAUGAACGACCACAUCAUAAUGAAGGACUUGAGCAGCCAAACCAGACUGGAACCAGAACAGAGACAGGGACGUCUGAACAGAUUUGUCUCUAACAUACAGAAGAACCCGGAUGCACAGGCAGAGUUGGAUAAGUGGGGACUCAGCUUCGAUAAGGAACUCCUAAGACUGACUGGCAGAGUCCUCCCAGGGGAGAGGAUUUUCCAGGGAUCAAGAUCGUAUGACCCUCCAGCCGCUGACUGGUCAAGAGAGAUGCGUGGGAUACCUGUGAUCACCGCCCCUCCACUGAACAACUGGCUCAUGUUUUACACCCGUCGCAAUGGUAACGAGGCUCAGGCCCUCCUGCAGACCCUCAACAAAGUGGCAGGUCCACUUGGAAUUCGCAUGCAGAGAGCUGUCAUGAUUGAGUACCAGGAUCAACAGGAGUCUCUCCUCAGAGCCCUACAGCAGAAUGUUGGACAACAUACACAGAUGGUGGUGGUGGUCCUCCCCAGCAACAGGAAAGACAAGUACGACAGCGUCAAGAAGUUCCUUUGUGUGGACUGCCCUGUCCCCAGCCAGUGUGUGAUAUCCCGCACCAUCAGCAGACCUCAAACACUCAUGACUGUGGCGACCAAAAUUGCCCUGCAGAUUGCUUGCAAGAUGGGAGGAGAGCUGUGGAGCGUGGAAAUCCCUCUCAAACAGCUGAUGAUUGUGGGCAUUGACUGUUACCAUGACACUACUGCUGGGAAAAGGUCCAUUGGAGCUCUAGUGGCCAGCCUCAACCAGAGCAUGAGCAGGUGGUUCUCAAAGUGUGUUCUGCAGAACAAAGGCCAGGAAAUCAUGGACGGACUGAAGAUGGCCUUGAGUGCGGCACUGAAAGAAUACCUGAAGUUCAACAACUGCCUCCCCUCACGCAUCAUUGUGUACCGAGAUGGGGUGGGAGACGGCCAGCUGCAGACCGUGGUCAACUAUGAGAUCGCACAGAUCAUUGACUGCAUCAAGUCAAUGGGGCAGGACUACUCGCCCAAGCUGAGUGUGGUGGUGGUGAAGAAGCGCAUCAGCAGCAGGUUCUUCGCCCACUUUAAUGGCAAAAUAAACAACCCUCCCCCUGGCACCGUCAUCGACACAGAGGUCACCCGUCCUGAGUGGUACGACUUCUUCAUCGUGAGCCAGUCUGUUCGCUCGGGGAGCGUCUCCCCAACCCACUACAAUGUCUUGUACGACACCAGCGGACUGAAGCCUGAUCAUAUGCAGCGGCUUACCUACAAGCUGUGCCACAUGUACUACAACUGGCAGGGAAUCGUCCGAGUUCCCGCUCCCUGCCAGUACGCACACAAGUUGGCUUUCCUUGUGGGUGAGAACAUCCACCGGGAGCACAACAUGCACCUGGACAACCUCCUCUUCUACCUGUGAGGACACAAAGAGGAGCAACGUGUUCAGCUCCAUCUCUGAGGCUUCCUCGGGAAGAACAUCGCCAAUGUCAAGUUUUGUUCCAAAGGUUCUCUUCAGGUGAAAAUGUUCCAAGUUGAGUUUUGAAGAUGCCAAGUUCUGAAUUCCUGUGUAUCAGAGGUUUGUAUCCCACUCGGGUCUGAUGUAAGAACAAGGAUGAGAUGAAAAGCCUGAACAUCUAAAAUCCUCGUGAGCUUCAC